CUUUGCUCAAACCGUCACCAUCGGAUAAACUUGCGAUUUCACAACUUAUCCUUCCCUCAAGUUGCAGCUUAGAUUUUUUCGAUUAGCGUUUUCGUACGUCUUUCCUCGAGAUAACUGGCAUAUGAUGUCUAACCUAACCACACUGUUGAUUCUUGAACACCAGUGCUGAUCUUUCUAUUCCGAAACUCGCCAAUUGUGUCUUAUCAUCAACCUUUCAUAAUGAGUUACCAGGAUCAAUUUCAUGGCAAUCUUCAAUCAAUUGAAGGAACUUGGGAGAGGCUUUCCCAGGUUGCUGUCAAGGGUGCUGAGUACAACACCUGUGAAUGCCAGCCCCAUCCAAAAUGUCUAAAAGGGACUCAGGUAGAUCUCCUUGACUACAUUUAUGGGUUCUUAGACAAGAAAGAGAAGAAUUGACUUAUAUGGCUGCAUGGCAUGGUGGGCAUUGGAAAGUCUGCUGUUGUGUUCACUGUAGCUGAAAAGAUGAGAGGUCUGAAAAUGACAGAAGAGAC